UCAUGCCCGAAAACAAAACAAACAGCUGGCCCAUCAUCUAUUACGUGGUUAGUUAUCCUUACUGUUACUACAUAUUUAUUCAAAUGUGGCCUAAUUGCCGCACAUGACUCUACAAGUGAAAAUUUAAAAUGUGGUUGUUUAUUUGAUUCAUAAGAAAAAAUAAUUUUAUUUUAAAGUUUUUAUCAGUUCAUGUGUUAUUUUAUUAUUUAUUAUUAUCAUUAAAAACAAUAAGUACUCGCUAUUACCAGCUGCUGCCAUUACUUAUUUUUUAUCUUGAUGAAUCUUAUCUUUUGUUAAAAUUAUAAAUAAAUUAACAUUUUUUAAAUACGGUAAUUUAAGUUAACCUGUGAAUUUUAAAACCCACGUUUUUCGAGUUAGAAAAUUCAAUGAUGGAAGUGAAUAAUAGAAAUGAUAUUGAAAAUGUCAUUAAGAGUAAGAGUACAAGAGAUUGUAUUGAUGGAAUGCCACCUUUGUCUAUGGGCGGUGCUUUUAUACCAGCUCAAUUAUCAGAAGUACUUGAUAAUAAUGUAAAACCUUUCCAAGGUAUGACGGAAAUCCAUGCGCAGUAUUAUGCAAUUGUGUCGGGUCUUGAUGACUUUGAUUACAGUAAAUUAGAUGAACAGAAUUACUGGUAUCUAUGGAAAUUACUUUUGUAUAUUGAGUACCAUCAGUGCAUCAAGGACAUGCAGAAGUACUCGUUGUUUGAUCAGGGUAUUGGUUUAUCUGAAAAAAGAACCAAUGAAUUUGUUGUUGCUGUACCAGGACUUCAAGAGGAUCGUCCGUCUUUGAGAGAAUACGACGAGAUUGAACUCCUGCAAGUCAAUGGAAAAAAUAAUUGUGUUGGUAUUGUUACUCAUGUAGGCAAAGAUUAUGUCGCUAUUGAUGUGCCAGCGUCAUUUCGCAACAGUUUUACCAGAGAUCAGAAAUUUAAUAUUGAAUUCCGCAUCGAUGAUUGGUCCGCCAAGUGCUGGAAUUAUAUUCUUGAUACCGUUGAUAAAGACAAUAUAACCCGGAUGUUAUUUCCAGUGUCGCAGUCUUCAACAUUUGUGCUGGACAAUCGUAAAUUUAAGUGGAUCAAUGAUAAUAUCAAUAAAAAUCCAGAGCAGCAGCAAGCAAUUAUAAAUAUUGUUAAUAAAACUUCAUAUCCGGCGCCUUAUGUACUCUUUGGACCACCCGGUACUGGUAAGACAUCAACAGUUGUUGAGGCAAUAUGUCAGAUAAUGAAAAAAAAUCCAUCAACUAAGAUUUUAAUAUGCACACCAUCCAAUGCCGCUGCUGAUGAAAUCGCUGAGCGAUUGCUGAAGAACCUGGGAUCUGUUGAAGAUGAUUUUAUGUAUCGUAUGUACAGUUCAUCAAGAAGCAGCGAAGAUGUUAAGCCAACUUUGAAGACAUAUUCAAAUUUUGCUGAUCGUCGAACUGUUUUUGUCAACAAAGAAGUUUUUAUGACGAAAAAAAUAGUUAUUACGACCUUAGCAACAGCAAUACGUUUACACGGAUAUAAAUUACGUGAAAAUUAUUUUGGAUAUUUGUUUAUUGAUGAAGCGGGACAGGCUACUGAGCUCGAUACGCUGAUUCCAUUGGUACUGAUGUGUGGAAAAGAUUCAUCGCAAACUAGUAAAUUUUGCGGGCAGAUUGUGAUUGCUGGCGAUCCAAAACAACUAGGCCCGACUGUACAGUCUAAAUUGGCUGAAGUUUUACUCGGCAAAAGUAUGCUCGAGCGAUUAAUGAACUGGCCUUUGUACAAAAAAGGCGAUGAUAAAAAAUACAACUCACGUUACGUGACAAAAUUAAUUCAAAAUUAUCGUUGUCACGAGGCGAUACUCAGUGUCCCAAACAAUUUGUUUUAUGAUGGAGAAUUGGUAGCUAUGGGUGGAAAACACACGACCCGAGCUGUCGGUUGGUCCAUGCUGCCUAAAAAAAAAUUCCCUGUUAUGUUUCACGCUGUAAAAGGUAAAGAGGGUCGUAAAGCUUAUUCUCCAAGUGUUUACAAUGACAGAGAAAUCGCUCAGGUGAUUUCUUACGUCAGAAGAUUGCUCAAUACAGAUCUUGGUGGUAAAACAGUAAAGCCUGAGGACAUUGGAAUAGUAACUCCUUAUAAAUUACAGAGAAGUAAAAUUCAUAAAGCUCUGGAGAACUAUAAUAUAACUAAUGUCCCCGUUGGAACUGUUGAAAUUUUUCAGGGACAAGAAAAGGACAUAAUUAUUAUCACAACAGUACGGUCGGUAGUUUAUAAAACAGAAGAAAAUAAAUAUCAUAUUGGUUUUCUAUCAAAUCCUAAACGUUUCAAUGUCGCGUUGACUCGCGCCAAGUCACUACUUAUUGUCAUAGGUCAUCCUGACAUACUGCAACAAGAUUAUUGUUGGAGAGCGUUCGUUAAAUACUGCGUUAAAAAUAAUGCAUGCUGUGGAGAAAAAUUCGUACUUGAUAAAUCACUUGAUGGUUUGGAUAUACGCCAAAUAAGUUCAGUUACAGUACGAAAAGAAUUGAAACUUCCAGCGACAAAAAUCGUUGAAGAUUCAGUAAGUUCGUCAGAGCGUAGAGAAAUAAAUUUCCGAGAUUUGCCACGUCGCAGACGCGCACCCAGUGGACCCGUGUCUGCUAACCUGCAGUCAUUAAAUAAAAUGGAUGAAUUAUUAAUGAAUUUAGAUAAUGAUUAUCAUCAGCAAUUUAAUAUGGAUGAGGACAUCCCGUUUUCUGAUGAAUCAGACGUCUCUGAGGACUCAGUUGACGAAGAUGAUUGCGAGGUUAUUGAUCCAGCAGAACAGUUCGAUAGCAACAGUCGCAUGGCCAAAGAUAUGUUUGCUAAUUAUUUGAAAAAAUUGUGUGCUGAUGAAGACAGUUUUGAAGCUGAGCUACACAGUAGAAUGAAAUCUUUAGCUAUUUAAAAUAAAGUAAUUAUUUUAAUGAUCAGUAUUUUAAAAUAAGUUUGUAAUAGUUAUUCAAAAUAAAUCUUUAAUAUUUUCAAU